CUUAGACAAAUCGCUCACAUGAAAUUAAAUUAAAUCAGGCUGCUAAAAUUCAAGUUGGAACCAUGUCCUUUGUGGAUCAUUCGAAUGUGACCCGCUGUUCUCUGCAUACGCCGAUGCAUAAUGCCAGUCAGGUCUGCGAGCUAGCGAGGACUACGUUCACCUGCGGAUUGUUUGUGCACUUUGUGGACUACCUGAAGAUAGCCUUUUGUGCCUUUCAUUUGCCUUCUGUAUCAGUCUAUGCCUUGCUCAGUUUCCUGCUCUCGUUGGCAUUCCUUGGCAUGAGCUAUAUACUGGCUGAAUACUUCUUCAUGCCAAAUUUUGUGACCCUCAUGGAUAUCUUUCCUUUGACAAACUUUGGGUUCAGCUACUUGUUCUUUGGGAUAUGUUUCUUUAUGCCGUAUUACUUGAGUGUUUGGAGGAGUUGCGUGGCCAAGGCGGAGCAUCUGAGUGCUCUGCAAUUUUCCCGAAUGACGGGGGAUUUAAUGAGACAUUUUGUUAUUGGCGUCAUGGUCUUGUGCAUCCGUGGGCAGCGAGUGGACGGGGUUACCAUCUGGUCGAGCAUGGUUUUUAUAUUGCUGGGCUUUGGUUACCUGAUCACUGUGGCCGGCAAGAAGUACGAUAUCUAUCAUCGGCACGAUAGCAUUAAUCAGGAUAUGUAUCUGAUCAAAUUUCGGGUGAUUACAUUCGUAUUUGUAUUUUCGAUGGUUUUAGUUGUGGUUUUUGUCGUCUCCCACACUAACUUCUGGCGCAAUAGUCCCCCUGAAGACAACGAACCGGAGGAUUUCUCUAAUUUGGAGAGUGAUGCUGAAGUCCUGGGGAGAUAUCCAAAGCGGCGAAAGCUGAAAAGUUGCGGAAUUUGGUGGCGAACGGUCAAUGGCUAUGCGAAUAUGAAGAGUUCCCAAAGGUGUUUAGGAAUUCUACUGAUACCCUUUUACUUUCUGGCUGCUCAUGUGAUUCCUGUUCUAACAGUUAAGCGCCCAUUGAUGGGCUGGAAUAAGUAUGUGAACUGCAUAGGUCUUGUGGCCUUUCCGUUCCUGUACAUUCCAGUGGGCAUUGGGCCUGUGGCCUGGCUCCUGUUGGUCUUCAUCUGUUGGGUGACCUCUUUUCUGGUCUUCAUCUCAACACACUCCCUGAGGCAGCCAGACUACGUCUGGCCCUAUGCCCUGCUCGGGCUGAUCAUCAGCUCGCUGGCCAUGAGAUAUUUGAUCCGAGAGGUCGAGAAUCUCACCUGGCAGUAUGUCAGCUUUCAGUUUGAUGUGAUGCCUGAUCUGUUGGCCCUGAUGUUCUUCGGCUCGGGUGAGAUGUUCUGCGAGGUAAUCAUUGUGUGGCACCUGAUCCAAAGGAAGUUGUUGGAUGCUGCCUGUGGAGUGGUCAUGAGCAUGGUCACCUAUGGCAUAUUCUUGGCUUUCCCACUGCUGCUCUGGCAUGGCUGCUAUAAUAGAAUUUCUCACAUCAUUGUAACAGGUCCCACAGAGACCUGCAUUAACUUUCUUUUUCUCAUAUUUGGCUUCAGUCUUUUUCAUGUAUCAAUGAGCGGAUACGAGUUUCGCAUGUCACUGUUCUUCUAUUUGCUGGCUGUGACUAUUAUUUACUUGAUAUUUCAGUGGAUGACCUACUACAGUUGGGUGCAUUCCUUUGCCACGCUGUAUAACAUCUAAACAAAUUUAUUGAGA